UGGCAAUUGGUGAACUGAGUGAAAUACUAUACUUUUUAAAAUUGACAGCACAAAGAGAGAAAAUAUGUAUAGAGCUUCCCUUUGACUUUUUCUCUCAUCAAUUCAAUGGCCGACACAAGAGUUGCAGUUGUUACUGGUUCAAACAAAGGGAUAGGGUUAGAGAUAUGCAGGCAACUAGCUAAAAAUGGGAUAAAUGUGAUUCUCACUGCGAGAGAUGAGAAAAAGGGUAUUGCUGCUGUCGAAAAGCUCAAGGCAGAGAAUUGUUUUUCUGAUCAAGCCAUCUCCUUUCACCUUCUUGAUGUCUCCAUUCCAGACACCAUCGCUUCUCUUGCUCUUUUUCUUAAGACCCGCUUCGGCAAACUCGAUAUUCUGGUUAAUAAUGCCGGAGUUGGAGGCGCCAAUGUUAAUGUCCAUGUUCUCAAAGCUCAGAUUGCUGAGGCUGGUGCACCUACUGAUAUUUCCAAGAUUAUGAGCGAUACAUAUGAGAUUGUCGAGGAGUGUGUUACUACAAACUACUACGGCGUCAAACGAAUGUGUGAGGCUAUGAUUCCUCUGCUUCAGUCUUCUGCUUCCCCAAGGAUCGUCACCAUCGCUUCUACCAUGGGAAAGUUAGAGAAUGUGUCAAAUGAGUGGGCAAAAGGAGUGCUGAGUGAUGCUGAGAAUCUAACAGAAGAGAAAAUAGAUGAAGUGAUGGAUGAGUAUCUCAAGGAUUACAGACAAGGCUCAUUAGAAGCCAAAGGUUGGCCAAAAGUAAUGUCUGCGUACAUACUAUCAAAAGCUGCGGUGAUGGCAUUGACACGAGUGUUGGCUAAGCGAAACAAAUCAAUGAUCAUCAACAGUGUUUGUCCUGGUUUCGUCAAGACAGAUAUCAAUUUCAACACUGGGAUUUUAAGCGUUGAACAAGGUGCAGCGAGUCCAGUGAAACUGGCUUUGGUCCCUAAUGGAGACCCAUCUGGUCUCUUCUAUGAUCGCGCUAAUGUCUCCAACUUUUGACUUUUGUCAACAUCCUUCCUUCCUCGUGUGUUGUGACUUUUGUCAACAUCAAAGUGUAGUAGAAAAUAAAGUGAACCAGAUUUGUAGUUUUCAAGUAAUACACUAUGAAGCCAAGUAUGAUCGGAUUGUAACGA